GGGCUGGAAGGCUGCGGCACGCCAAAUCUGGUCGCACCACUUGACACUUCAGAUCGUUGCCUCGAAUUCAGCCCAUUCCUUCCUCCCCUUUUCCAUAAUUGAUAAAGUCUUUGCUGCCCGCAAAAAGACAUGAACAUGGUAAAGAAACGAAAAGUCCAUCUUCCGAUGUUCCGCUUGUCCUAAUUUUAAUGCCAAUUCCUCUCUCUCUCUCUUUCUCUCUCUCUAUCUCUCUAUCCACUGUUGUUGCCCGGCUGUGUUCUUCACCCUUUUAACUACUUUCUUCUCAAAUCUGCAACAGACCCAAGAUUUGAUUCCCACCGAAAACUCCAGCUUUCCAGGCUUCCUGGGAAGUCCGAAAGUUUAGUUCUUUGGGAUCUGAAUUGGGUGGCUGGGACUGGUUUGAAAGAGCGGUUUGCCUUGGCUGAGAUGACCGGGAUUGACGUGUCUUCAUUUUUGCAAAUCAAGAAUCAGACGCGACAGGUUUGAAGUGGAAGGGGGGCAAAGAGAUGAGGGAUUUUGCUGGGACGCCCGGGACUCUGACCGGGCUCGCUUUGAGGGUGUCGCAGUUUGUUUUCGCAGCUGGGUCAAUUGCGUCCAUGGCGACCACCGACAGCUUCUUCGAGUUCACGGCUUUCUGCUACUUGAUUGCUUCGAUGGGUUUGCAAUUAGUCUGGAGCUUCGGCCUCGCGAUUCUAGAUGCAUAUGCGAUCUUUAAAAAGAAGGUGCUACACGGUCCCGUGCUUGUAAGCCUCUUUGUGGUGGGAGACUGGGUCACAGCAACGUUAUCUCUCGCCGCAGCUUCUUCCUCGGCUGGCAUCACGGUAUUGUACUUCAAUGACUUGGGCAGUUGCAAUUUCAGGGCCGAAUGCCUAAAAUACCAAUUCGCGGUGGCAUUAGCAUACAUGAGCUGGAUAGCCAUCGGCACAUCGUCUCUGAUCAUGCUGUGGCUAUUGGCUUCAGGUUAGAUACAUUCUUGAUUUUGUAUAGGGUUCCGUGAUACAUUCUCCGUACAGAAAGUCGCCCUUGUUCUGUUGACGAAUUUUGAUCUCAUUCUGGUGUCAAAAGGAAACAAACUAGCACAGCAAUACAAGAUUCAUGAGUUUUUCCAUCUUCA